AUGGGAUUUCAAAUCGCAUUGUUCUUCGUCUUACUACUAGUCUUUUCAACAUCAAUUUUGGCACAAGAUUUGGACGAUGCAAGACUUGUCAUCGAUGCAAACACAACUAUUGCUGAAACAGACGAUAAUUAUAUAUGUGCUACAAUUGAUUGGUGGCCUCAUGAUAAGUGUAACUAUAACCAAUGCCCGUGGAAAUUUUCAUCCGUUAUAAAUCUCGAUUUGUCUCACCCUUUUCUUGCAAAUGCCAUUCAAGCUUUCAAGAAUUUGAGAUUAAGACUUGGUGGUUCUUUGCAAGACCAAGUACUUUAUGAAGUGGGGAAUUUAAAGACUCCAUGCAAACAAUUUGGGAAGGAUAAAUCUGGGUUAUUUGGAUUUUCAAUGGGAUGCUUACAUAUGAAAAGAUGGGAUGAGCUGAAUAACUUGUUCAAGAUGACCGGAGCUGUGGUGACAUUUGGCUUGAAUGCAUUACGUGGGAGGCACCAUGUCAGAAGAGGUUCUUGGAAGGGAGAUUGGGAUUCCAGCAAUGCUCAUGAUUUCAUUAACUACACUAUCUCCAAGGGUUAUCGAAUAGAUUCUUGGGAAUUUGGUAACGAAUUGUCUGGCAAGGGAAUAGGUGCAAGUGUUGGUGUCGAGCAGUAUGGAAAAGAUUUAGUACAUCUAAAUUCUAUCAUAGACGAAUUAUAUACGAACUUCCAGCCAAAACCUGCUCUCUUGGCACCAGGAGGGUUCUAUGAUAAGUCGUGGUUUGAACAGCUACUUGAGGUUUCAGGUCCACGUGUUGUUAAUGCUUUGACACAUCAUAUAUAUAAUUUGGGUCCAGGGAAUGAUCACAAUCUCAUUAAUAAAAUCCUGGAUCCUGAUCACUUGAAUAAAAUAUCUGCCACAUUCAGAAAUCUUUCGCUCUCCAUUCAAAUGAAUGGUCCUUGGGCUUCUGCUUGGGUUGGCGAAUCAGGGGGUGCCUACAACAGUGGUGGUCCUCACGUAUCUGACACAUUUGUUGACAGCUUUUGGUAUCUAGAUCAGCUUGGAAUGGCUGCCAAGUACGACACUAAAGUUUAUUGUAGGCAAACUUUGAUUGGUGGAAACUAUGGACUUCUUAACGCAAGUACAUUUAUUCCCAAUCCUGAUUAUUACAGCGCACUUCUUUGGCAUCAGCUUAUGGGAAAAGGAGUGCUCGAUGUUCUCAGCCAUGGAUCCCCGUAUUUGCGCACUUAUGCUCAUUGUUCAAAAGAAAGGGCUGGUGUAACGUUACUUCUGAUCAACCUAAGCAAUCAAACUACGUUCAACGUUGACGUCAAAUGCACUAGCAAUACAGAACUGCACUUGAAAGAGAGCAUAGAUACCAGGAAAAAGUCUUUUACACACAGUCUUAAGAGGUCAAUUUCUUGGGUCGGAGACAAAGCAUCAGAGGAAAGAUUUUUCCGAGAAGAAUAUCAUUUAACUCCAGAGGCUGAGAACCUUCAAAGCACUACCAUGUUGUUGAAUGGACAGGCACUGCAACUCACCGAAAGAGGAGAUGUCCCGAGUUUAUCUCCGGUUCGUCGUGAUAUAAAUUCUCCCAUAAAUAUUGCUCCUUUAUCCAUUAAGUUCAUAGUAUUUCCCAACUUCAACACUCCUGGGUGUAAAUAA